AGCUGUCAGAGCGCAGUGGAAGGGCGCACUUUCCAUCGCGCGCCUAAGAAAAACCGGCUUGUCUGCUGGACAGUGGGGUACCACAGACCCCAACACACACACUCAGACCAAUACAGCCAACGACGUUUGCGAACGGGGAGUCGAUAUCCAGGAUUCAAUCAAUCAAUUUUGGGCAAGUCACGGCAUUUGUUUGGAAAGUAAAUAAACAAUGCGCUCCGCCGGCGACAACUAUUCUCAAAGAUGAGUCACCGAGGGGGCGAUCGCCAACAUCCAGUGGUUCUGUGGUCUCCUCAGGCGGGACUAAGCCCGGUAAGCUCUCCCACAGAGCAAAACGCGUCUUUCGGUCACCUUCUGAAAUGAUGUCUCGUGGCGAGAUGCGUGGCGCGCCAGAGUGCGUGUGAGUGACUGACCGAUAGUCUUUCUGAGAGAGAAGAGAGGCUGGAUAUAAACAGCAGCCGGGCUUUCAGGCAGCGACAGCCAGACACUCAGAGCAGCCACCUCGCCUCUCUCACAGCUCCUCAGACUCAUGCAGGAUGCCCGGAGAGCGCCGGGGAGUCCUGGUCCAGCUCAGCCCGAGUUCAUGACGCUCUGGGUGGCCUCGUCAUGCGUCUGUUGCCUGAGCCCAGCGCCCAGUCCUUCCGUAUCCUCUUCCUCUUUAUCUUCGUGAUGGGGGUGACCCCUUCCCCGGCUCUCACAGCCGGCUGCCCAGACAGGUGCGUGUGCGACGAUCAGCUGGUGGUCCAGUGCGCCGGGCAGGAGCUCACCGUGUUCCCCAAUGACCUGCCCUUAGCAACCCGGCAGCUCAUCAUCUCCAACAACCGCAUCGGGGACCUUCCGGCGCUGCAGCUCAACUACCUGUCCGACCUGGUCUAUCUGGACUGCAGCAACAACUCUCUGACCGAGAUCUCCGAGUCCACAUUUGGGAAUUUGCGAAAACUCGCAUACCUGGACUUGUCGUUCAACACUUUGCUGCAGAUCGAGGACCGGACUUUCGGGCCCCUGGCGUCUCUGGUCAUGCUCCGGCUGACGGAUAACCCGUGUCUGGGGGAGAUCCACCCAGAUGCCUUCUCGGAGAACAUGGCUCUGCAGGUGCUGGAUGUGAGCCGGAACAACCUGACGGCCCUCAACAUCAGCAGCCUGAUCGCCCUCCCUGCUCUGCGGUCUCUGGGGCUCAGCGGCAACCCCUGGAGUUGCGACUGUGACACGGAGGACCUCUGCCUCUGGGUGCAGAUAGAGGGCUUCAAGUUCCAAGAUGAAGGCCAGACAGUUUGCCACAAUCCCCCAGAGCUGGCGGGCCAGCGGUUGGCGGAGGUCGGCAUGCAGCUGCGGGCAGACUGCCAUCAAGGCCUGGGCUACUGGGACUACCUCUUCUUCAUCGCCAUCGGCUUUGUCAUCUUCUCGGCCGGUACAGUGUCAGCCUGGGUGAUGGGCGUGCUCAUGGUGCUGUACGAGCGCUACAGCAAAAGGAAGAGCGAGGACAUGGACAGCGACGACGAGGAGGAUAGAGCAGGGAUGGGCGGAGGAGGUGGAGGAGGUGGAGGAGGAGGAGGAGGGAACCAGGGGAAUGGGGAUCUGAGCAAGCCCAGCAUGCAGGUGUGA